CAUGUAUUACAGUAUUGGUUUAAAUACCUAGAGUGUAACUGUUAUUUUGCACUAUGUUUGAAAAUAAAAAAAUGUGAAUUACAAAAAAAAAGAAAUACAGAAAACCAAAGGAAAGCAGUGUUAACACCUUAACUACACAAGGGAAUAAAAAAUAAAGAAUUUCAAAAAUGCAUACAUUCUUUUGACAGCACACACACUAUGUGUAAUCUUUCACACCAAAUGCCCGGCCCCUAGGAACUAUUAAGACACGCCUCCACUGAAUGCUUCAAGUAAUUUUUAGGGAAUAUGUGAGGUUCAGACCUGGUGCGCAUGGUGGCACGUCAUACCCACCUGAAAAUCCAGAGAAGUGACACUCAGCUGUGUUGCUGCAGCAGUGACAAAAUGGCAGAGGCGACGGCUCCGUUUGCUCAGAACACAUCAUCAGGGCUAAAUUUAAUCGCGUCACUCCAAGAUUCUUUAACAGAUGGACUGGACUCUGUGGAGGAGCUAGCGUCCCUCUCUUUUCCCAUUCAACCUCCAUCUCUCUCUGCAGUGCAGGAGCUGGUUUACUGGCGUGAGCCCAAGAAGUCGGCCACAGUGUUCAGCAGCUCUCUGCUGGUGCUUUUUGCCCUGGCCACGUGCAGUGCCAUCACCGUCGUGUCCUAUGUGCUCCUGGCUGUGCUCUGUGUCACAAUCACAUUCCGCGUGUACAAGUCGGUCAUACAGGCCAUACAGAAAUCUGAUGAAGGACACCCAUUCAAAAAUCUGAUGGCAAGAGACAUCAGUAUUUCACCACAGAAGUUCCGGAGGCAUGUGGACUAUGCCUUGACCCAUAUUAACCGAGGCAUUUUAGAGGCUAGGAGAUUGCUCCUGGUGGAGGAUGUGGUGGAUUCACUAAAAUUGGCUGGUGUGAUGUGGCUGUUGACGUUUGUGGGAGCUGUCUUCAAUGGUAUCACUAUCUUAAUUCUAGCGGACAUCAUUUUCUUUAGCACACCUCUAGUGUACGAGAAAAAUAAAACACAAAUUGAUCGUUACAUUGAACUUGUUCGCUCUCAAAUUCAAAGCAAGCUGGCAAAGUUGCAAGAUAAACUCCCGGGAGCUGUGAAACGCAGUAAAGCAGAGUGAUCUGCUAUUGCAUCCCAAAGACCAGUGUUCUCUGCCAGAUCCAAACGGCAUUUUUAGCCUGACUUUGAUAGGACCAAAAUGUUUUAUAAACACCGCUACUGCAAAUAUUG